AUGAGUGGCAGCCGUGCCCUCCAUCCGGAGGAGCUUUUCCUCGACCGCCCAGCCAGACAAGAGUCACCCACUGUCGGCCCUCUACGUAUCAACAAACGGGACUCAUCAUCCCCAGCAUCGGCCGCGGGCUCCAGUCCCCCACCAAACGCCCCGCUACCCUACCCGGACGAGCGUCAACGUCCGCAGAUGCGCCCCUCAAGUUCAAACGAGCGCUAUCACGACAACAUCAGAUACGGGUCUCCGCCAGCUGGUCCUGGCACCGGCUCGGGCUCCGUGAGUCCAAACGAAUACCCAACAUCGCUGCGACCGCGGGACGGUCGCGAGCCCCGAGUCGCAACACUCGCCGAAAGAAGAGGCGCAGCCCCAAAGCCGCUGCCCGAAUCUCCCAGCUACGAUGCGCCAGACCGCGAAGCCCUAGCCGCGAGACCGUACCCCCGACCCCCGGCCAGUCAACAACAACCACCCGGCCCACCAGAGCCACCAGCAAACACAAGCCAGUAUGAUUACCGUCAACAAUACUACCCGCCCCCUCAGCGCCAAAGCUCUACGUCUAUAGCCCGUCCCCCGUCCAGUCUCCAGGCCGCACAAGGCCCGCUCAAUCGCAUCAGUUCUACCUCGACAACCCGCGCCCAGCGUGGCUCGCCCCCGCCGCCGGAGACUCCUAUCGUCGGACCGGGCCAGCAGCCAACCUCGGAUAUCGAGGCCCGCUAUGCCGCGGCUGGAAUUGCGGGCACCGGGACUCUGCAGGGUAUCCAGUCGUCGCAUAGCGUCGCUGCACAGAGACGAGCAGAGCAGUACUCGGGACAGCAGCCGAUUGUCCCACAGCAGCAGCAGCAGCAGCGCCCGUGGACUCCGACUGAGCAGCCGGGUUCGAACCCUCAUGGGCCGCCUACGGUUUAUCAGGGUGGUGAGGUCGUCAAUGAUGAUCAUCAGCCGUCUGCUAGCCAUCCGGGUCAAUAUAGUAGUCCGCCGCCUCAGGCGCAUCCUGGCCAAUACGGUACCCCACAACCCCAGGUUCAUCCGGGUCAAUAUAGCAGCCCGCAACCCCAGGCUCAUCCAGGACAAUAUAGCAGCCCACCGCCUCAGAUACCAGGGUCAUACGGCGGAUCACCAUCCCAAAUACACCCUGCAUCUGGGCUACAGCAACAGCAGCAAGAACAGCCGGGAAGGGUUCCCCCGAACGCUUUGGAACAAGACAUGGACCGGAUGCGCCUUAGCUCCUCUCCCCCUCCCGCCUACUCGAGUGUAUCCGGUCCUUCUGCUUCGAAUAGGUAUCCCGCUGAAAAGCGAAGCAGUGCUGCAGCGGCGGCAGCAACAGCAGCAACAGCAGCAGCAGGAGCCGCAAUAAUGCACCCGGCCUUAGUAAACCAGCCCAACCCUGCUACAAAAGCCUCUUCCCCUGCACCGGCAGUGUCGCCGCAGGACCAUCCCGCUUUUGCGAAUGACCAGAGACAGCAACAGCAAACAGGACAGGAACAAUCCCCUCAGGCGUCUGUUGCUAAUGACUUGUCCGGUUUCCAUCAUCAGACAGUCCAGGUGACUUCUCCAGGGCCCUCUGGCGCAGGUCCAGCAUCUCCACCACCUCUUCCGGAAGGGUGGAUUGCCCACAUGGAUCCCAGCUCGGGGCAGUAUUACUACAUCCACUUGCCCACACAGUCAACUCAGUGGGAGUUCCCGAAGGGCCCUACGCCGCUUAAUCUCAACGAUACGCCCUUGUCCCCAGUGGGAAGUGUGUAUACCGCCCACCCGCUAGUUUCUCCGGGUCUGUCAGCUUUCGGGAAGCCUCUAGCAUCGCCGGGUGUGCCUCUGACCCCUGGCUUCGAAAGCCUGCAGUCUCCCAUAAUGUCUGGAUUCUCUGGGCCUCCUCCGAGUAGUGGCAUGGAUCUUUACAAAAACGCUCCAACCAACGGUGUCUACUUCGGUCCUUAUCUGCGUUACACCAACAUGGAUCUCGAACGUGGAGUCUGGUUGGGAUCUAUCCUGCUUGUGACAGAUGCCGCGCAGCCACCCACAAUCCACAUGCAUCAGAGUCUAGACCUGUCUCCAAAUCCGAGACAGUUGAAGGCAAUCAACAUUGCCGCCCAUCAACGCUGGACAUUCUACAAGUAUGAGAUUGACUUGCAGAUGGACGAUGCGGGUCCUGCUAAAUGGACAUACGCCAUCACCUCACACCUUGGUUGCACUCGCUACGAGUUUCUUGUCGCUGGUCGAUACGAAACCAACUGGCGGUUCAUUGCUACCUCUGGAAAUGACUUCUCGCUCAAUGUUAAUGCUGGUGAGCGGGCUCGUCUGGGUGGCGUCGGUUACAUGUGGAGGGAUAUCAUGCAAAAGCACAAUGAGAUCGGAGGCUUCCACGCCCAGUUAUGUCUGGGUGGUCAGAUCUAUGCGGAUCGCAUGUGGAAAGAGAUUCCGUCUCUCAAGCAGUGGUUGACCAUCAGCGGGAAAGAGGCUAGAAAGAACGCGCCUUGGACAGCGGCUAACGAGCAGGAUGUUUCUUACGCGUACUUCCAUUACUACACCAGCCACUUCGAUCAACCCCACAUAAGGGAGUCAUUUGCGCAGAUUCCUUAUGUCUGCCAGAUCGAUGAUCAUGACAUCUUCGAUGGAUUCGGCUCGUAUCCCGAGCACAUGCAGUUCUCGAACAUGUUCAAGAACAUCGGCCGCAUCGGUAUCGAGAUGUAUCUCCUCUUCCAGCAUCACACAACUCUCGACAUCCUCCGUAACGUCAGCAACGACAUGGACCUCUUCACUAUAACCGGCACAGGCUGGCACUUUGUUAAAUACCUCGGUCCCGGCGUCGUCGUCGUCGGACCAGAUUGCCGAUCAGAACGAAACCCACACCAAGUCAUGGCCGGUCCCACGUACCAGGGUCUGUUCCCGAAGGUUGCAAUGCUACCACCCAGCGUACAGCACUGUAUCUGGAUGAUCGCCGUGCCCCUCAUCUACCCCCGCCUAGAGACAGCAGAACACAUCGUCCAGACCGUCGCAACAGGAAAGCGAGCCGUGACCGGCGCAUACAACGUACUAGGCAAGGUAACCAGCUCAGUAGCCGGGGUGGUCGGCGCCAAGGAGUUCGUCGGCUCAGGCUUUGACUCGGUAAAGAGAGCCGUAGGUAAAUCCGGACUGAUGGGUGGUAUAUUGAGUCCAUUUGGCGAAUUCAACUCGAUGGACGAGCUACGCGACCAAUGGACACACGAGUCGAAGGACCUCGAACGCACAUAUCUCAUCCGUACACUCCAAGGCAUCGCGCACCAAAAAUCAAUCCGUAUGACCUUCCUCUCCGGCGCCGUCAACGUCUGCGGCGCAGGUCUCGUCCACGACCCCUCAAACCCAUCCGACCACAAGACAAUGUACCAACUCAUCGCCUCGCCCGUCGUCAACACCCCGCCGCCCUCGUACAUCAUCAAGCUCCUGCACAGCCACAGCAAGCCCCUCUACAUCCCCGCCAACGGCCACAGAUCCUCCGGCCAGGUGAGCGACACCAAGGAAGACAUGAUGGAGAUCUUCCAGACGGACGUCAACGGCCAGCCUCGUGAGUACCGCAAGCUCAUGGCACGUCGGAACUACGUCGCUAUUGUCGCUUAUGACCCUGAGGCGGUUAAUCCUUCAUAUGGCCAUGUCCCGCCUGCCGCGGUCGGUAAAUUGAGUCUGGCGGCGGACUUUAUGGUUCAGGGUGAAGGGGCGCUUGGGAACGUGGUUAAAUUUGGGCCGGUUAUUGUGCCGUCUUUGGAUCAUGGGCGGUGA